AUGUACGGCGCUGGCGUGGGUGAACUUCGGGUAUUUAUUUUUAUUUAUUUAUUUAUUAACUCUCCCAAACAGUACACAUGCAAGUAUCAUGGCAUCAGGUGACAGGGUCAACAUACAUAAACAUAGUAUCAUAGUGAUACAUAAACAUCCCUUAUCGGUAGUGAAGAUUCAGUGAACAAAGAACAAACCUAUACUAUACUUUACUUUACUUUAUUAUAUGGACAAUGGUGUUUUACUGGAAACUAAAACACUCGUAGACUCAUGCGUCACUAUAUCUGGGACCAGAUGCGCGUAUUUUCCGCAUUUCACCCUUGCGAGUGACAAUUUUCCGCCAUUUUCAUUGUUGUCCGAUAAUUACAAAAAUGAUCAACAUGUUGCUGGAGAAAGGAAUAGUUCCUGAAAAUUGGAAAUUGGCACUUGUAGAUUCCCGUCUUAAGAAACUUGGUAUGGAUUUAGUGUUUGAAAAUUUUAGACCUGUUAAUAAUCUUCAUUUUCUUGCAAAGGUAGCUGAGAAAGUUGUCAUGUCGCAAUUAGUUAAUCACUGUAACGAAAUUGCACUACUGCCUGUCAGUCAAUCAGCAUAUCGUCAGUUCCAUUCAACUGAAACUGCGCUGCUUAAAGUGCAGAAUGACAUACUUAUUAAUAUGGACAACGAAUAGGUUACGUUGCUUGUUAUGCUCCACAUGAGUGCUGCCUUUGACACUAUAGACCAUAAUAUUCUUAUUGAUAUCCUCAAGAAUGAUUUCGGAGUAGUGGACAGCGCACUUCAGUGGUUUAGAUCGUAUCUGGCUAAUAGAAAGCAGAAAGUUGUCAUUGAUCGGUGUAAGUCCUCUGAGUUUAUGGUUGCUACUGGAGUUCCCAAGGCAGCUGCCUGGGUCCUGUUCUAUUUUUACUUUACGUGUCUGGCCUUUCUGAGAUUAUUUCUAAACAUCUGCCUUGUCAUCAUGCUUAUGCAGAUGACACACAAUUGUAUCUUUCUUUUAAACCUCAGAACUCAUUGCAUCAGGAGUCAGCUGUUAAAGCAAUGGAAGAUUGUAUUGAUGAGCUUCGAAACUGGAUGUCUGCACAUCGUCUUUUUAUUCAAAGUAGCAAGACAGAAUUUAUUAUUAUUGGCUCUCGUCAGCAAUUAUCCAAGGUAUCGAUUGACAAAUUGAGGGUAGGAGAAGUAUUGAUUUCUCCAGUUGGCGCUGUUCGUGAUCUUGGGUCUUGGUUAGAUACUCAAAUGUCCAUGAAUUUGCAUAUUAGCAAAAUCUGCAGCAAGGCCUUUCGAAGCCUUUACCAUAUCAAACAAAUCAGGAAAUACUUAACUGACGAUGCUACCAAAAUUUUAGUUCAUGCAUUUAUUACAUCUCAUUUGGAUUAUUGCAAUUCCAAAAUAUCAAUUAAAUCGAUUGCAGAAAGUGCUAAACGCUGCUGCUCGUGUUGUAUGCCUUGUACCUAAGUUUGAUCACAUUACACCUACAUUGAUGAGACUGCGUUGGUUACCGGUUAAAUAUCGUGUUAUAUUCAAGAUCGUACUGUUGGUUUAUAAAGCUCUGCAUGGAUUGGCUCCCAAAUAUAUUUGUGACAUGUUGACAAAGUAAUAACCACACUUUGAGAUCGGACGAAAUAGGGCUUCUUCAUGUUCCAAGCACACGUAGAAAGUCUUUUGGUGAUCGUGCCUUUUUGAAAGCAGGACCUACUCUAUGGAACUUAGUACCAUGUGAGAUUCGGCUUUCACCUUCGUUGGAAUCUUUUAAGACAAAUCUUAAGACAUUUUUGUAUAGAGAUGCGUACAUUAAUAAUACUUCUUGUUUUUAAAUAUUUUUAAAUAGAUGCUUAUAGUUGUUAAAUGUUGUGUAAAUAACGUAGGGAAACUUUUAAAUUAGCUUCCUAUUUUAUGUAAUUAAGCGCUUUAGAAUAUUCUAUAGUUUUAGCUCGGUACAAAUUAAUAAAUUAUUAUUAUUAUUAAAUUAUUGUUGUUUUGAAAAUACAAAUUAUUUAUAUAAAACGAAGUUAACGUUGGAAAUAAAACAAAUACAUUUAAAAGACAUCUUCAGAUAUGUAAAAUUUAUUCUAGUUUUAGUCCACACUAUAAUUUAAAAAAAAUAUCAUUUUUAUACUGGUCUUUCGCGUGCUUAUGCGUCAAUCAAUUUACACUGUUAACAUCCUCCCCAGGCAUACCCCUGGGCAUUUGAACGUUUUGAAGUUUUGUGGUCCUAUUUUCCACUCCCAGGACAAAAAUGCUGUUCAAAUGCCCCACAUAACGGAAAGUUGAUGGUCAUGCAUAUUAUAUAUAUUAGACAAAAGAUAUAGAACAUGUAAAUUUUUGCGGUAUUCUGUAGUACAUACACCUGUAUAACUUCAACAGUUUAAUAAAUAAGACACUUAUUAAACGUAUAGUAGUAUUAAACAACUUACACCUCAUGCUUUAUAAAGCUUCCAAAAAGUAUUUGUAGUAAACUCUAUUUUGAAUUUUGUUUUAAAAAAGUUUUUUAAUAGUCUUAAACCUCGCGUAAUCUGGUGUAUUAAAUGGUCAAAUGCCCCAUGUCUUGUGACUCAGCAUCAAAUGCCCUACCCUAUAACAGCAUUUCAAAAGGUCAAAUUCUCCACUGCGGGGAUAAAGCAAAGUGUUAAAUGCCCAGGGGGGGGGGGGGAGUGUUAACAGUGUAAAUUGAUCGGCGCAUUAUUUACAUGUCGUCUUUGCGUGUAUUUUUGUAACUCUGAAUAAGUCCAUAUAUUAAACAUAACAUUAAACGGUUGCGACACGAGAACAUAAAUCCUUAUCUUUUCGUAACCGUCUAAUAUUCUCUCGACGUAUCGAGUACUUUCGUUUCCACAGAGCCUGAAAUAACAUUUUUUAUCACAUGUACAGCACUAGGGUGGGUAAACUUCAGGUAUUUUGGACCAGGAACUGGGCCUCAAUCGCUCUCUUUCUCAAUACUUUGACUAUCUCAGCAUAUAUUUUUGCAAAUGUUAUUGUGUCCAUAUAAGGCAUUAUUUAAUGUCCAUUACGUCAUUGUUUACUACAUCACCCCCUGAACAAAAUUAAACGCAACAAAGUAGUUCAUAAUAUUAUACUACAAGUCUUGUACAGACUGUCCAAAUCUGUCUGGUUUGCCUCGUAUUCUUCUUGAUCUUCCAUACUAGUUCGUUUGCCACCUCAGCUUGAUUUGCGUUAUUCGUUGCAUUGCCUCUUUCGAUUAUAUUGUCCGGACGGUCUAGAUUUAUUUCGUUAUCAAUAUCCGUAUCGGUGUUCAUCGGUUUUGGUAUUCGUUUGAAGUAUGACACGUUUCGUGUUUAGGCCUAUAACAUGUCCGUUUUGGUUUCGUGCUAUCACACGUGAAUGCUCGUGUUUGGUUACAACGUAAGGUAUGGGUUUAAAAGUUGAAGUCAGUAUAUUUUUUCGUUCUUGACGAGCAAGUACAUGAUCUCCGAGAUUUAGUUCACUUUCCUUUAACUUGUGCUUUCGAGCAUCAUAUAUCUCGUUGUACUUUUUUCUUUUCCUUUCGUUGUGUUGAGCUUCUUUGUGUCUGUUCAAGAUAUCCUUGUUUAGGACACUGAGAUAAUAAGGAUAAUUGUCCUAUAUAGCCUGAACAGUUCGGUUAAAUAAAAGUUCUGCCGGUGGUACUCCCGUUGCGCAAUGCGGCGAUGAUCGGUAUAAUGUAGCAAGAAACGACCCAGUUCCUGCUUCUAAGGUCGUUGUUGUAUGUUUGCUGUUUUCAACGCCUCACCGAGUACUUGAAUGAACCGUUCCGCUUCGGCGUUGCUUUGACGCCAUAAUGGGUUGAGAAUUCAAGUCUGGUUCCCAAUGUUUCUACAUAGCGUACCGACGCUAUCCGUUAUUUGUCUUAAUUAUUCUUGGAAUACCGUGAACCGCGAAUAUCUUGUCGUGUUUUGGUAUCACCACCGAUGCUUUUGUUGAUCUUACUACCUCAAUUUCGGGAAAACGACCCUUGGGCAUUUCUAUGGGGCUGGUUAUCGGUUCUCGAGUAUUAGAUUUUCCAAACCGCUUGACAUGGUAUGCCAGAAAAAAAUAAAGCUAUCCUUACCUGAAUUGUUCAAAAUACAUUUGUCGAUCGUUUGCAUCGUGAAAAUCAAACAUACCUGAGAAGAAUCAAGCGUGCGCAACCCAAAAUAAAGUUUGACCUCCACCAUCUUUUAGAAAAACCUCCUGAAUAAUUAAUUAUUUUCUCAGAAUUACGCCAUCUUUACAGACAGAUUGACAAAUCGAAAUCUCGACCAUACAUAACUCGGCCAAAGAGACUGGAAACACGCAAACGCAAUACUUCAUGCUAAGAGUAGUUAACAGCAAUUAGCAAUUAACAGCAAUUAGAGUAAUAUUCGAUUUUUAUAUUUUACGAUGUUCUGAAGGGGAGGGGGCAAAUUUUCUGUGACAACGGCAUCCAUUGGGUAAAUCCGUACGUCAGUAUAUAAAUAUUACUUUAUGCCAUACACUAUACAGUAUAGUUUAAAUGAUAAUGAUACUAAUUUGAAAACUGAUUGAUAUUUUUUGUUUGAACAAAUGUUUGGCCAAUUUGUCAUUUGAUCGGAAAAAUUGUAAUUUUGUCGGGAAAUGUUCGCCCGCUAUUUUAGGCUCUUCUAUCGUGAGCUGAAACACAUUCAUACACUGAUAAAUGUAUACAUGUAUAAUUUUAGGUCUACGUGAAAUCUGGGGGUAAGAUGGAUUUUAUGUGGAGUCUUUCUGGAAACCAAGGUGACAAGUGGAAUCCAGCACAAGUGACAGUGAACGAUCAAACGGCGUCAUAUCAGGUGAGCAUGUAGACCAGUGAGCACCAAAAUAUAACUGAAUCCAACUAUAGCUUACAAUGGCUACACGGCUUUACAUUAAUUAUUUAAUAAAGCCGUGUUCGUUUUAUCUCACCGUGUUUUUCAAUUUUUACCGUGACAACACGGCCAACACGGCCUUCUAGCUAAGACCCUGUAAGUGUAUAUAGAAUUAGAAAUACCUGCUAGUUCAAAUGCUAAAUAUUUCUGAUCUACUAGUGAACGGAAACGACCUUACUUUUCUACUUUUCUUGCAGUAUGUAAUCGAAGGUGUACGUGGUAAAGAUAUCAAGGGAGACAUUGCAAUUGAUGAUAUCUCUCUCAUGAUUUCAUGUCUUUCAGGAGGUGAAUCGUUUGUGUACUAAUAGUGAGCUUAAGGAAGCGACAUUUUUGACAACAGAAACGUUGACCGGAAGCAAAUGUGACGUUUGCAACCAACCAACAUUCUUGACCCAGUCGUUUAACGUUAGUCAUGCCGUUCUUGUUGUCGAAAACGUCGCUGUAGGCCGACAUACCAUCAAUCUUUAACAAAAUAGAGCAGGAAAGCUGGGUAUCUUCGUAGUUCAUCAUUCGGUGGUAUAGUUUAUAGCAUAUUUUUACGAUUUUAGAAAAUCAAACUACUAAACCGACAACAUUUACAGUUUCCACUACACCUGCAAGUUCACCAUCUCUAACUAGUUCUGAAGGCAAGUGAUGUUUUUUUGUCUAAUUAUACAGCACAUAUAAGGAUGCAUUGUAUAUAUAAUAAUGUCUACAGACACAAUUUUUAUGUAAUGUGGUGCAGUGGAUACGGUGAAGUUAUGUAUAGUGUGUGUGAUCUGGUCUGUUUUGUGUAGUGAAAGAUAUAGGUGGGAAGCUAAUCAUCUUUGCUUGUGGGAAGCAUGACCAUUGCAUGUGAGAGAUUCGAGCGGCCCUGAAACUUUUUGAAAACCAGAGUGCCUGGAGAAGACUCUCGAAGCACAACAGAGAUCUAACCACAACUCUACUUAAGUGAAUUUUCAAAUACAUUAAGUCAGAUUCAGGGUCACCCAUCGAGCAACAAUACCCGGUCUUCAACCUUCAGCAGCAGGCUUAAAUACUUUUUAGUGCAAAGUUGACGAAGUCAACCAACCAACAUUCUUGACCCAUUCUUUUAAGCUGGAGUUACACGAGCAACAAAAUUGCUGCAACUUGCAACAAAAUCUGAUUUCAACACGUGUUAAGUAAAAAUAUCGACACACGUUGCCUUGUGAUUUGUAAUUCUAUUUCCUUGUUAUGCUACGUCACAAGGAAAUCACAUGAGAUUGCAUAACAAUUACCCAACAUUCAGUGCGUACCUAAUUCGGCGUUCAGUGAGGGUACAGAAAAUUCUGUGCUCAAAAUUAUUGAAAAAUAUUUAAAAUUUUAAUUGAAUUCGUUACAAAAGAACGCUUAAAAGCGAAACCAACUGUUCCGGAGCAAUUUGAACCAAUAAUUUGGUGGUUUUGCUCGAGGAUUCAGUGCGAUUACCAGGCAUCGUCCACGGACUCAACAUGGCCGACUCCGAGGGCGAAAUUUGAUGCAACAAAAAUCACGAGGCAAGCGCUCCCGCCAAAAAUCAAGGUCUUCCUCGCCGGACUCGGCUGACGGCGACCAAACAACCAGCCCUAAACGGGCAAGGCUCGAGGAUGAACAGAACGACGACGUAGCUGUGUUGCUUGCCGAGUCCCAGCCCCAGGGGGAAAACUCUGGCAAUGACAAUGAAAAAGAGUUUGGCGCAAUUUUGGACAGCGUUGUCCAAGAACUGGACGAAGAACAGUUGGGGCCUGAUGUGUCCGAGAAGCUUGCCCAAGUUAUUAAUAAAACUCUGCGCUCAAAAUUGAGCGAGGAAAAACUUAAAGAAAAGCAAAACGCUUACCCCAGACCGCAAAAUUGUGAAUCACUAGAAACUACUCGGGUUAAUCCAGAAAUCUGGGCACAACUACAAUCUUCAACCAGAUCUCGGGACAUACGUCUCCAGAAAGUACAAAGCCUCUUGCUGAAAGGGCUACUGCCAUUAGUUCAGCUCCUUGAAAAUUGUCGACAAUCGGAUGAUAGGUCGACUGAUAAAGGAAAAAUCAUCAAGCCGGCACUUGACUCAGUAAGCCUAGUCGCUCAGGCAAAUGUAGAGCUCAAUAGCCUGCGACGAGCAUUGAUUAAGCCUGGUUUGAAUGAAAAAUUUCAGCAAAUCUGUGGCGAUCAUGUGCCGAUUACAACAUUGCUUUUUGGGGAUGAUGUGGCCAAGACACUACAGGACAUUGCUUCCACAAACCGUGUCAGCCAAAAGGCUGCAACACCUACUCGUUGGCCCAGCUAUGCUCACCAAAACAACUUUAAUCGGCAUUCAAAAAAUGGACGGGGGAGGUUCAGGCCCCAAAACAACCUCCCACGUCACAAAAGGGACCGAAGCCACUACAAACCACAGAGUCAGUGAAACUCGAUAAACAGGUUAGUACCAUAUAUUUAUUUAAUGAUGAUACUAUACCACCCUUCACAGCUGGUAGGCUAAAACAUUUUUAGACUGCUUGGUCAAAAAUUACUUCAGACCAAUGGAUAUUAAAAGCAACACAGGGAGUGGAAAUUGAGUUUCUAAUGAAACCAUUCCAAUUGCAGUCACCUAAAGAGCUAACUGUCAGUAGUUCUGAGGAGUGCAUAGUUGAUAAUGAAAUCAUCAAGUUAAUGAAAGGGGUAAUUGAGCUGGCCUACUAACCUAAGAUCAGGAGAGUUUAUUUCUACCAUUUUUCUUCGCCCAAAAAAAGAUGGGACCUUUAGAGUAAUUUUAAAUUUGAAAAGGUUAAAUGAAUUCGUUGAAUAACAUCACUUUAAGAUGGACACUAUUUAUACUGCAAUACAUUUGAUGAAACAGGGCUGCUUCAUGGCCUCUAUUGAUUUGCAGGAUGCAUAUUAUACUGUACCAGUAUGCCCUAAUCAUAGGAAGUAUCUAAAAUUUUCUUGGCGAGGACAAUUGUAUCUUUAUACAUGCCUGCCAAAUUGUCUGGCCUCAGCGCCACGUAUUUGUACAAAAAUCUUGAAGCCAGUCUAUGCAUCACUGCGGAAUACGGGGCACAUCUCCUUCGGGUAUAUUGAUGACCCGUACUUGCAGGAUGACAACUUUGAGGGUUGUAAGACAAAUGUCCAUGACACAACCACAAUGUUUGAUUCAUUGGGGUUUAUUCCCCAUCAGACCAAGUCAGUAACCAUUCCUGCCCAACAACUUGUUUUAUUUAUUCCUUAAUUCUAAGGACAUGACGGUCUCUUUAACCUCUGAAAGAGCCACAAAGCUUCAAACUGCUUGCAUAAAUUUGUUAGCAAAGAGGAGACCUUUAAUUCAGGAGGGUGCACAUGUUAUUGGCCUUAUGGUGGCUAGUUUCCCCUCCGUGACCUUUGCACAGCUAUUCUAUCGGGCUUUAGAAAGGGAUAAAACCCAAGCUCUUAAACUGCAUAAAGGUAAUUAUGCAGCAAAUAUGACCCUAUCACAAGAUGCUCUUGCUGAUUUACAGUGGUGGAUAUCCAAUAUUGAGACAUCCUCCAAACCUGUUCUGGCCAGCCAGCCCGAUAUGGUAAUUAAAUCUGAUGCGUCACUAUUAGGCUGGGGUGCCUAUAGUGAUGGAAAGCAUGCAGGAGGUCCAUGGGGAGAAACCGAAGCUAAGGCACACAUUAAUGUGUUAGAAACAACUGCAGCCUUUUUUAGCAUUGCAGUCUUUUUGUUCUUGACAAUACCACAGCUGUAGCUUAUGUGAAUAAUAUGGGUGGAAACCAGUCCUCAGAAUGAAAUGCAAUAGUAAGACAAAUGUGGAUUUGGUACAUUCAGAAAAACAUCUGGGUAUCGGCAACCCAUAUCCCAGGUGUCAGUAGUGUAGAAGCAGAUAAAAAAUCCAGGCAAUUUGAUGUCCAACAGAAUGGGCAUUAAAUGAUUAAGUUUUUGAUAGGAUCUGUGUCAAAAUUUUUAAGCCCCAAGUGGACUUGUUUGCAUCCCGGCUUAACAAGAAGUUAGAGCAAUAUGUCUCUUGGCAGCCAGAUCCUAGGGCAGUAGCAGUUGACGCUUUCAGCAUGAACUGGGCUACUAAAAGCUUUUAUGCUUUUCCUCCUUUUAGCCUGUUAACAAAAGUUUUGCAAAAGAUCCAGGAGGAAUCAGCAGAGGGUAUACUGAUAAUACCCCUGUGGCCUACACAACCGUGGUACCCUGUGGCAAUGCAAAUGUUGGUCAACCACCCACGGAUUUUGCCCAAAAUGCAACGUCUACUUUACUUACAUCACAAUCUGGACAAGAUGCACCCACUACAUCAGAAACUCAGACUACUGGCAUGUCACUUAUCUGGAAAUCAUUCCAAAGUCAAGGCAUUUUAAACCAAGCUGCCCACAUCAUCAUCAAAUCAUGGCGAAGCGAAACUGUCCAGCAGUACCAAACUUACCUCAACAAAUGGGCACUUUUCUGUAGUGAAAGGCAAGUUAAUCCGUUUUCUCCUUCUCUAACUGAUGUUUUGGACUUUUUUACUGUACUAUGA